UAACUCUUACUUAUAUCACACUCCUCCUCCCGCGCUGCUGCUCACCACUACCACCACCACCACUACUUCUCUUCCUUCUUCCCCUCCUCCUUCCCUUUCUCGUCGUUGUAUUCAAACCACUUCGCUCAUUUUGAAAAAGCAUCUCUUUACUUCACCAUCGUCAAUUAGCAAUUAACACACAACCACCUCAAUCCUGUAACUGAACACAAGGGUCUUCGCCCAAACAUCCCUCUCCUCAUAUCCCACACUCAACUUCCACUCCCCUGUACACGCUCACACCUUCUCACUACCCACUACUCCCCACACCCUCCUCCUCCCCUCCCCCUCCCGAUAUGUCUCAACCUCAGAACCUGCGCGUUAUCAUCAUCGGAGGUGGCCUGGCUGGCUUAGUGAUGGGCAUCAUGCUCGACCGGGCCGGGAUCGACUACCACAUUCUUGAACAGGCCUCGAGGCUGCGACCCCUCGGCACCUCGAUCUCCCUUCACCCAGUCAUCGUGGAUAUCAUGGAUCAACUGGGCUUGCUCGAGGGCAUGAGAAAGAUGUCAAAACCCCUCCGGGGGAUCACUGUCCUCUCCGCAAAUGGACGGAAAAAGGGCCGCAUUGAUGCCCGAAGCAACAAGCGAAAGAACGGACACCAAGCGAUGGUGAUGAGCAGACCGGAUCUACACGAAUUUCUGCUGUCGAAGAUCCCAGCCGGGAAGCUGACGACCGGCAAGCGCGUCAUAGAUAUUAGCGAGACCCAAUCAGAUGUGACGGUGACCUGUAUGGAUGAGACCACCUACGCCGGUCAUCUAGUUGUUGGUGCCGACGGCGCCUACAGUGCCACUCGCCAGAUCAUCUACCAGAGGCUGACCGAUCAGGGGCUCCUCCCCGAGUCAGAUAAGAUGCCGCUGCACUUUGACAAGCAGUGCGUUGUCGGAAUGACAUGUCCCUUGGACCCCGCAAAGUAUCCGGUCCUCCAGGAUGAGUCGUGUGAGGUCAAGGUGCUCCUUGGCAAGGACCAGCACACGUCUAUGUGGAUCCUUCCUUUGCAGGGCAAUAGGAUGGCCUGGUGUGUCGGAGGUCCUGAUCCUCAUCUCAUCCACAAUGACGAGGACCAUGAUAGCGAUGGUAGCCACAGCUCCCGAGGUCGCGAUUGGUACCCUGAGACAGCGGUCGAGAUCUGCGAGGACGUGCGUAACUUCAAGUGUCCCUAUGGAGGAUCGGUCAUGGAUCUGAUUGAGGCCACGCCCAAGGGACUAGUGUCGAAGGUGCUGCUUGAAGAAAAAAUGUACCGUACCUGGUACAAUGGACGCGUUGUGUUAGUUGGCGAUGGUAAGCACAAUAAUGGUUUUGGGAGCGCUACUCGCGGGAUGUAUGCGUCAUUGUACUAUGUGCAUUUGGUACUCACAGCUCUUAUUUCUCCCGUUUUCUUUUCUGCCCAUCCUUGCCGUGUCAUAGCCUGCCACAAGAUCGUCCCUUUCUUUGGCCAGGGUGCCUCUCAGGCAAUUCUUGACUGCGCAUGUCUUGUCAACAUGCUCAACGAGCUGCAGUCUUUCGCGGUACAGGACCUGGCAAACGUCUUCGAAAAGUAUGUCGACAUGCGAUCCGAGACCGCCAGAGUUGCCUCGGACAGCUCCCGAGAGUUUGCCGACCUUAUUUAUGAACAGGGUUUCAAGGCAGAUAUGGCGAGGAAUAUCGUCCUUCGCUUCACGCCGGCCUGGCUCCUGCGAAUGAUCACUGGCAAUGUCAAUACGGAUCGCCCCAGUCUGAACUUCUUGCCACCCCCGAAGAGUUCCUUUAACAAGCCCUAAACAUUCCUAUACGUUCCUCUAAUAUCGCUCUCCGUCUUUUUUUACAUCCAGCUGCACAUAAUCCAUCGCAUUUCUGUUCUUUCCUUUUCUUUUCUUUUGUUUCAUUCAAAGUCCAUCAAAGCAUAGCAUCCCUUUUUCUUAAAAAAAGGCACAUAGACAUUUUUUUACACAUGUAAACAUAACAUAGGGCGACAAGCACUUGCAUCUGGUUUUUCUUUAUUAUGAUUAUUAUUACUAUUAUUAAAAUACAUAAUGCGAGAUUCGAGCUUCUUGAGGUCGUUUGGCAUCUUGGCUU